ACGGACACUUCCUGUUGUCGCUUCCGUUGGGAACGAGGAGCCCGUGUGAGCUUCCCCGGGCAGGCGCCGUGAGAGGCGAGCCGUUCAGCCUACACCCCGGCACCGCCAGAGUCAGACUCUGACCCCGAGUCGGGGCCGCCAGAUUCUGAGCGCUAGAACCGCACUCCGAGCCGUCUACUCCCGGGCUCUCACCCGGAAGCGCUGGGCGCUGAGCCCCUAGGCCUCGAAUCGUCGCGCCCCCACCCCGACGCUGUAACUCCACUCCGGGCCUACCCGCUCCUCUUCUGGAACCAUGGGUUUGUCCAUCUCGAGGAUAUUGGACCGACUGUUUAUGAAGAAACAGAUGAGGAUCCUGAUGGUUGGACUUGAUGCUGCUGGUAAAACCACAAUUCUCUAUAAGCUGAAGUUGGGUGAAGUUGUCACCACCAUUCCAACAAUUGGUUUCAAUGUAGAGACUCUAGACUACAAAAAUAUUACCUUCACUGUAUGGGAUGUUGGCGGUCAGGAUAAAAUUCGACCUUUGUGGAGACACUACUACCAAAACACACAGGGUCUGAUUUUCGUUGUGGACAGCAAUGACCAAGAGAGGGUGCAGGAAUCUCUAGAACAACUGAACAAAAUGAUUAAUGAGGAUGAGCUGAGCAAUGCAGUGCUGUUAAUAUUUGCAAACAAGCAGGAUUUGCCAAAUGCUAUGACAACUGAAGAUCUCCGUGCUAAACUGGAACCACUGGCCACCAGCAGAACUUUGCACAUUCAGCCCACAUGUGCAACCAGUGGCCACGGUCUCUAUGAAGGACUGGAUUGGUUGUGCCAGAAGCUGUGUAAUAACUAGAGGACCCAGGUUCAUCAUCUAUCCUAUCUACAUCAGUGUGUCAACUGCUAGGACUUGAACUCGAGGACUUUUUAACAAUGGCUUCCCAACUCUCUUGUGUUCUCCUUUUUAUUUUGCUUUAUCUCAUGCUUGUCAACAUGGUGCAUUUUAAAAUUAAAAUCAAUUUGGUUAGGCGUGAUCUCUUCAUUCAAUGGUUGGAUGCCCCUUGCCAAGGCCAGUUCAAGGACUUUAUAGCACUCUGUAGUCACUCACGCGAUGCUUAUUCACAAGCAUCAAAAGUUCUGAGAACUCUGCGUGCAGCUCCCAACUUAAGACAAUUUGAAUUUCAGAAGUUAUGAACAACUGGAUGAACAUCUCGUUGUUUGUUUGAUCUGCUGAUUGUGGACUAUUUGAAAUGAUUGUUCAACAUGCUGUGCCAGUUUCUUUAGUGUUCCACAGCCAUCGUGAGGAUUCAAAGGAAGGAAGAGGUUUUUGCAGAUGUGAUGCUAAAUUGGAUAUAGGAAUUGUAAUUAAUGACCAUAAUUAUUUUCAUAAAUGUAGUUUAAAAACUACUAGAGAAUGAGUGCGCCAAUUAUGAGACUCGAGCAAAUCUUCAUUUUUCAGAGUGACGCUCUUUGAGUAAACUGUGGCCUACUUACAAGCCAACUUUUUCUAUUUACCUUUACUCAUUGUGCACAAAGGAGCUUUAUACCUUUAAGCAACCACUUACUCUUCCCUCAGCCUUUUGGUGAUUGGUUUAGGUUUCAUCCUCAGCAUAUGAGGGACAGGAUUCCUGCAUUGGUGUUUCUCCCAUCAUUGCCAAAGGGCCACUCCAGUGAGGUCUGAUUUGAAGUCACUGGUGUGCAGAUCCAGAUAGGAAAUGCCUUUUGAAAGAAUUACGUUACUUUAGAUGACAAUUUAUAUAUUUUACUCUGUAGCAGUUUUUUUUCUCCGUUUAGGAAUAAACUAUUAGGUUACGAAGGGCACUGGUUUGCUGUUUUAAUAACUUAAGGGUAAAUCAAUUUCCACAACUGUACAAAAAAUUUAGUUGUCUUGACUGUUUAAAAAUACAACCAAAUCUUAGUGUAUGCAUGGAGUAUUUACCUUGUAUUGUAUUUGUGCUAAUGUUAUGAUGGGGAAUUCUUGAUUUCCUGUUACUGUUACUGUCUUUUGGGGUAUGUAAACACCUACAAAUGAAUAUUGCGUUCUCAGUGGAGAUGGUGAUCCUGAUAACUGGAUAAACAGUAAAUCAGUGAGCUGAAGCAAACCAUAUUGAACGUAACCAAAGGCUUCUUUCUGGGAAAUAUUGACUCAAUCUUAAUAAAGGCCUUUUCAGAAAUA